UGCGCAUGCUCCGCUUAGCAGCCAAUCCGACGCAAGCAACAGCACAGCCUUGGUUGCAUCGAGCUGAUAUAUAUUCCCCGCCUUGAGCGUCAGUAGAUACUUUCCCACUCCGAAGAAUCAGUCAAUCAUGCCUGAAUCCACCGUCAAAGCGCCCAAGAAGGGCUCCAAGAAAGCCGUCUCUAAGGUAGUCACCAAGACCGGCAAGAAGAGGCGCAAGUCCAGGAAGGAGAGCUACGCCAUCUACGUGUACAAGGUGAUGAAGCAGGUCCACCCCGAUACCGGCAUCUCCUCCAAGGCCAUGGGCAUCAUGAACUGCUUCGUGAGCGACAUCUUUGAGCGCAUCGCCGGUGAGGCCUCUCGUCUGGCUCACUACAACAAGCGCUCCACCAUCACUUCCAGGGAAAUCCAGACCGCUGUCCGCCUGCUGCUGCCCGGCGAGCUGGCGAAGCACGCGGUGUCUGAGGGAACCAAGGCGGUGACCAAGUACACCAGCUCCAAGUAAACCUGCAGGAGACCACCACCUCAACGGCUCUUUUAAGAGCCACCCACCUCUUCUUAAGAUCAAUUUCUAAUGUGCACAGAAUAUGAAACUAAACACGAUAUUUUACUCUCCCCAUGAUCUUCACCGUAUAUAAAACCUGACUUGUUAAAGCAAGAAAUAAAUGAAAAGCUCUGAACUGA